CGCGCGGCGGCCCCAGGUACGCAGACAAGAUGGCGGCAGCAGUGGUCGAUAGCGCGAUGGAGGUGGUGCCGGCGCUGGCGGAGGAGGCCGCGCCCGAGGCGGCGGGCCUCAGCUGCCUCGUCAACCUGCCCGGCGAGGUGCUGGAGUACAUUCUGUGCAGCGGCUCGCUGACGGCCGCCGACAUAGGCCGCGUCUCUAGCACCUGCCGGCGGCUGCGCGAGCUGUGCCAGAGUAGCGGGAAGGUGUGGAAGGAACAGUUCCGGGUGAGGUGGCCUUCCCUUAUGAAACACUACAGCCCCACCGACUACGUCAAUUGGUUGGAGGAGUAUAAAGUUCGGCAAAAAGCUGGGUUAGAAGCCCGGAAGAUUGUAGCCUCAUUCUCAAAGAGGUUCUUUUCCGAGCACGUCCCUUGUAACGGUUUUAGUGACAUUGAGAAUCUUGAGGGACCAGAGAUAUUUUUUGAGGAUGAACUGGUGUGUAUCCUAAAUAUGGAAGGAAGAAAAGCUCUGACCUGGAAAUACUACGCCAAAAAAAUUCUUUAUUACCUACGACAACAGAAAAUUUUAAAUAAUCUUAAGGCUUUUCUUCAGCAGCCUGAUGACUAUGAAUCAUAUCUUGAAGGGGCAGUCUAUAUUGACCAGUACUGCAAUCCUCUCUCCGACAUCAGCCUCAAAGACAUCCAGGCCCAGAUUGACAACAUCGUGGAGCUUGUUUGCAAAACCCUCCGGGGCAUAAACAGUCGCCACCCCAGCUUGGCCUUCAAGGCAGGUGAAUCCGCCAUGAUAAUGGAAAUAGAACUCCAGAGCCAGGUGCUGGAUGCCAUUAACUACGUCCUUUAUGACCAACUAAAGUUCAAGGGGAACCGGAUGGAUUACUAUAAUGCCCUAAAUCUGUAUAUGCACCAGGUUUUAAUCCGCAGAACAGGAAUCCCAAUCAGCAUGUCUCUGCUCUACUUGACCAUUGCCCGGCAGCUGGGGGUCCCACUGGAACCUGUCAACUUCCCUAGUCACUUCUUACUAAGGUGGUGCCAAGGUGCAGAGGGGGCGACCCUGGACAUCUUUGACUACAUCUACAUAGAUGCUUUUGGGAAAGGCAAGCAGCUGACAGUGAAAGAAUGUGAAUACCUGAUUGGCCAGCAUGUGACCGCAGCGCUCUAUGGGGUGGUAAACGUGAAGAAGGUGCUGCAGCGAAUGGUGGGAAACCUUUUAAGCCUGGGAAAGCGGGAAGGCAUCGACCAGUCAUACCAGCUCCUGAGAGACUCCCUGGAUCUGUAUCUGGCGAUGUACCCGGACCAGGUGCAGCUUCUCCUCCUCCAGGCCAGGCUCUACUUCCACCUGGGCAUCUGGCCAGAGAAGUCUUUCUGUCUUGUCUUGAAGGUGCUUGACAUCCUCCAGCACAUCCAAACCCUAGACCCCGGGCAGCACGGGGCAGUGGGCUACCUGGUACAGCACACGCUCGAGCACAUUGAGCGUAAGAAGGAGGAGGUGGGCGUGGAGGUGAAGCUCCGCUCCCACGAGAAGCACAGAGAUGUCUGCUACUCCAUUGGGCUCAUUAUGAAGCAUAAGAGGUAUGGCUAUAACUGUGUCAUCUAUGGCUGGGACCCCACCUGCAUGAUGGGACAUGAAUGGAUUCGAAACAUGAACGUCCAUAGCCUGCCGCAUGGCCAUCAUCAGCCUUUCUAUAAUGUUCUGGUGGAGGACGGGUCUUGUAGAUACGCAGCCCAAGAGAACUUGGAGUAUAACGUGGAGCCACAGGAGAUCUCACACCCUGAUGUCGGACGCUAUUUCUCAGAGUUCACCGGCACACACUACAUCCCAAACGCAGAGCUGGAGAUCCGGUACCCGGAGGAUCUGGAGUCUGUCUAUGAAACGGUGCAGAAUAUUUACAGUGCAAAGAAAGAGAACGUGGAGUAGAGUCUAGUGGGGACAUUGUACCUUUGCUGCUGCUGCUAUUUUCCAAGAGAACAGGAUUCUGGAUGGAGACGUCUCCACGGAUCCCUCUGGGCUCACACCACCAGGAAGGCCACUUAACCAGUAGUGCUGGUUGCCUCCUACUAAGUUUAAAUCACGUGUGCUCUCCUCCAGCUGCAAAGACAAUGUUGCUCUCCGCCUACACUAGUGAUUCAUUGAAAGGCACUGUGUUCAGUGGCAUGGCUUGUACGCUUGUCCUGUGGUGACAGUUUGUGACAUUCUGUCUUCAUGACGUCUCACAGUCGACACUCUUAUAAUCAUUCUUUUCUUCACUUUCCAUUGUGUCUGUCUCCAUGGUCUCAGAACGUUUCAUUUGCUGGACAGAUGGGGUUGUACGAGUGCCGUCAUCUCUUGCUGAUUUCUCUGGGCAACGUGUGUGUUCCUCUCUCAGUCAGGACUGUCUGUCUUUUCGCCCUGAAUUCAGUGCUCAUUCAGGGCUGAAGCUGUCAGUGGUCUUGGCAGCAACUUGGAUCUGGAGUCAUUAACAAACUAACAGUCAUCAGCAUCAUUCGAAUUUCUUUUUUUCUAAUUUUUGAAACAGAUUUCAGGCGUUUAUUUUUUCUUUAUUUGAACUGAGGGAAUGACACAGUUUCCUUUCCAGAUUCGUCUCUUGGAUUUAGGCUCCUAUCUCUACGAAUCAUUAGCUCUCUAUUUUAUUACAUACAGUUCUUCGAGAAAAUGCAUAAUAAUGGCCUUUGUGAAUGGGUCUUUCCACGUUCAUCACUGCUCCUCCCAUUAAAAUAAGUGUGUGUUUUUUAAUCUACUCCAGUAUCGUAAGUAGAUCUUAAAUCAGUGAUGGGUUCCCUUUAUCGUAGAAAGUACAAUCUGCUGUUAAAAUGUCUGCUUUUAGAAACUGUACUCAUGGUCUCCGGAGACCUAAAAAUGAGGUCUUACUCUUAGAACCGGAAAAAAGAGGAAAUAAUGAACCUUGGAAAUUAGAAAGGAAAGGGGAGGUUUCAUGCUCUCUGUCCUUCCUUAGAAUCCGUUCAAGAGCUUUUCAAAUGUGGCGGAGUAGAAAUAAAUGGAAUACCUCCAGUUUUCAGAGCGCGCGCUCGGGGAGGAAGGGAGACCCGGAGCGUGCUCCGAGUUGCCAUGACAGUGCCAGCAGGGGGUCUGUGCUCAGGCCCCCCAGGAGCCCGACUUCACAUCCAGGCGCCAUUGGCAUCGAUUCUUCGUGUUCCUGGUGCCUGAGCAUGAAGGGACCGACUCUUAAUGCAGCUCUGGGCUCCCUCUGUUCUCAUCCUGCCCCUUCUCCAGUGGGCCAGCCUUGGCGUUACCUGUAGAAGUAACUUCUGGAGUUAGGACCUAGUCACUUUACUUUCUAAGUUUAAAAGAUUCCAAUUGCUCUAGUGAAUGAGGCUUUAGGGGGCUGCGACCCAGCCAUGCCUCGCUGCCUGUCCGUCCCUUUGCAUGCAGUAUUUUCACGCUGUGUUUGAUGACUGCCUCUUGUUUACCCUCUGGAAACCCUGGGAUGACUGAGGUUUGGGGAAGCUACCUGAGACCACUUCCUGGCAAGUGACAGCUAUUGAGCAGUUGUUAGAAAGAGAUGGGGAUUUGGCCCACUGGCUCCUUCCAGCCCAAAUUAGCUCUGGUCCAGGGUCCAUGUUCCUUGUCAGUCCAACCCAAAGUCAGAUGGUUUGGACGCUCGUUUGAAAUCGUGACCACUCACAACACCCAGCCUGCCCUAGGUUGGGGAGUUUUACACUACUCUCAUUUAAAGGUGAAAAUUAGAUACUACAGCAUUAAUAUUAAUGAGGUGCAUAACUAAGAAUCUGUGGAGCAUGCUGAGAGUUAUAAUGGUUGGUUUUCUGGUUUGAUUUUCUUUUUUUGUUAGAGUAACAUCGAAGCCAAGAAAGAUGGUUUUACCUUUACUGACCCAAUGUAAAUAUGUAUCUAGACUGUUUUUAAAUGUGUUUCUUCAUGAAUGCUUCAUUUGGCUCCAGGAAGCCUGUGUCACCUGUGUAAGUUGGUAUUUGGGCACUUUAUAUUUUUCUAAAAACGUGUUUUGGAUCCUGUACUCUAAUAAAUCAUAAGUUUCUUUUUAAAACUUUUCCAAACAUUUUCUCCACUUUCAAAACCCUGUUAUAAAAGUAGAACUUUCACAAUGUUGAAAUAUUAACUAUUUGGAUAUAGUAACUUCUUUUCUCUUCAAAUGAAUGCCAAGAUUUUUUUGUACAAUGAUUAAUAAAUGGAACUUAUCCAGAGAAACCACACAACUGGCCUGCCGGAUUUCGUUCCAGAACAGAAAGCCCAGCUGUGACAACAGCAGAAUCUCUCUCACUUCUCAUUCUAGUUGGAGUAUGCAAAAAUUUGCUCUUCUUAGUUUUUCUUAAUGUUGGUGAGUGCACAGGGCACCUUUACACUAUGAUUUCCCUAUCAGGCGUUAAUUUUAGGAGCUGGCUGGUAAUCUUGAGACUAUCAGGUUAUAUAACACAGAGUUCACAGCUUUUUAAUUAUGUCAAGUUACGUGCUGUGGAAUAAGAGCUGCAGAGCCUUUGAGGGAAGCCCAGGUUCUUGGUGUGUUGUUAAUGCUGAGUGCAUAGCUGCAGGGCACACGGCUUUGUCCACAGUGUCCCACAGAGCGCUGCUCCUCUGUCACACGUGUGCUGUCGCACGUGAUGUGGAAAGAGUUCGAGGCUGUGCAGUCACCAGCUUUCUGCACUGCAGUGCCUCUGUGCUUUUGUAUGUUGUGACUUUUCUCCCCUGACACACCCACACACACACAGCAUCCCUGAGGCUCAGACAUGCUUCAGGCAGCAAGGCCUCAGUGAGACGUCGGUUAUGUCCCAAACUCAUCUAGUUCUGCCAGGUGUCCUGUUUGAAAACAUCUUCCAUCUAAUCAGAUUUUGAAAGGCUAGCUCUUGGUGUCUCUGCCUGAGUCUUGUGACAGAUCCACAUUGUAAGCGCACUUACACUGCAAAAUUGUGUUGCUUCAAAAACCAGCAUUAAUACUUGUUGCUCAAUCAGUUUUACAUUUUCUAAUAUCCACUUAGAGUCUUGUUCUACUUUUAAAACAUCUUUCUUAACAUAUUAAACUGAGUCACACUCGUGUCCUGCACUUUCAUUCACUACCACCCGGUCCCUUUGCUAUAAAGCGCGAACAUUCCUUUCCCUUCGUCCAUGUUCCAAGUGCGUGAGACGGGACUACCAGCAGUGUUUUCAUUGAAAAGUACCUUGUGGCCAUAGGAAUCAAGCUUUAGCUCUCCGUGUUUCGAGUUUGUUUUUUUGGAGGGAAGGAGGAAACUGUUCACCUGGAAGAAAUGCAGAAUUUGGCUCUGUGACAGUUUGGUUUCAGAGACAUUAACAGCUGUAUUGCAUGUAUUACUUUGUAUUGCGUGCUCACUUUAAGCCAGGCGUCGGCCUCAACUAUUUAUAAUCCUCCUAGCAACCCUAUAAGAUGUGGGCUGAGCAGUGACUAUUUCUGCGGGCCACAUAAGGUCUCCGUCACGUAUUCUUCUUGUUUUGAAAAAUGUCAGAAAACGUUCUUAGCUCGAGGGCUGUAAAGAAACAGGCCGCAGCUGGAUCAGGCUGUAGUCUGCUGACCCCUGCUGAGGUGUAGGCCGAGCGUCCCACUGAGCGGACUGCUCACAGGUGGGGAACCUGGCCGUGAACCCAGGGAUCCGAUCUCCGAGCUCCAGUCCCCACAACCACACUGCCGACAACCUCAGCAACUACCUCGCAGAUGUUCUUACCCUUUGCCUUGCCGCAACCCUCCCUUCCCACGUUUCGGUUCUGAGAAUUUAAUAAGAGUCUUGAGAGAAAAGAACAUUCCUUCUUUGGUGAAUAAAAUUGAUGUGCAAUUACAGAAGAAAUGUAUUAUGGCCAUUUAGCAAUGAUUGUAUUAGGGUAAUGCUAGUUCUGUAAUAAAUAGACCCAAAAAUACA